GCUGAGGUGGGACCGAGAGUUGGACCGCCUGGGGCGCCCGGUCUCAGCCCGAGAGGGGUCGCCCCCCGCCCCGCCCCCCCAGCAGCCCACCUGCCACACGUUGCUGCGUCUCGUGCGCUCUGCAUCCCCAGAUCCUGCCCGACCCUGUGAUCCCCAGCUUCGGGUCGCCCUGCCUGUUUUGCAAGCCCUGGCAGGGGAAUCAUCCAGCAUAUCCGGGAGGAAGCAGGUCCGGGAGCCUCCGCGGAGGAGGUGGCACAUCUGAUUAGAAACUUAAGGAGGAAGGGAGAGGUACAGGGAGGACAUGGCAGCUCAGGAACCCGCACGGCCCCGAGUGCGGGAUAGAUGCAGGAAUGUUGGCAGGGUCCCCAGGUUUACUUUCCACUCGCCUCCCUGCACACGGCGUGCACAGGAGCGCAAGGAGAGUGGACACUGGCCCCGGCUCAGGCCUGCCCAAGCCUCCCCGCCCUGGGGCCGACUCUGUCGGGCUUCCAGUUGGGACUCAUGGGCCACGGCCUGCCCCUCUGUCUGCAGCUUUUCCUGGAUGACUCCAAAAUGAAGAACUUCAUCACCUGCUUCAAAGACCCACAGUUCCUGGUCACCUUCUUCUCCCGCCUGAGACCCAACCACAGCGGUCGCUACGAGGCCUCUUUCCCCUUCCUCUCGCCUUGCGGCAGAGAGCGCAAUUUCCUGCGCUGCGAAGACCGGCCGGUGGUCUUCACGCACCUGCUGGCCUCGGGCUCCGGGCCCCCGCGUCUCUCCUAUUGCGGCGGCGGUGAGGCCCUGGCCGUGCCCUUCGAGCCGGCGCGUCUGCUGCCUCUGGCCGCCAACGGCCGCCUCUACCACCCCGCGCCAGAGCGAACGGGCGGCGUGGGUCUGGUGCGCUCCGCCCUAGCCUUCGAGCUUAGCGCCUGCUUCGAGUACCCGCCCGGCGCGCCCGCGCUGCCCUCACACGUGCGCUGGCAAGGCCGCCGCCUCGCCCUCACCAUGGACCUGGCCCCGCUGCUGCUCGCCGCCUCGCGGCCCUGAGCCGCAGGCA